UCAGGAGAACGGAUGGACGGGAGAGCGCGCGCCCUCUCCUCCUCCGCCCCGCCCCACCGGAAGUGACAAAGCACCCCGGCCUAGCAACCGUUGCCAAGCGGCUCUGUCUCCAGGAGCCCCACGUCGAGGCUCCCCCCGCCCCCAGUCCCAACCCUGGAAAAAAAAUCGCGUCGUGAGGAGAAGCGGAGGUGCAGAUCACAACCCAUCAGAAGUGAUUCAUAUACAAUUUGUGAAUUGGUAUAAUUUUAAGGACCUAAUUAUGAGUGAUCAAAUCAAAUUCAUUGUGGAGAAGCUCAAUAAGGAGCCUUUUAAGAAGAACUACAAUUUAAUCACAUUUGAUUCCCUGGAGCCAAUGCAACUAUUACAAGUUCUCAAUGAUGUUCUUGCUGAGAUUGACCCGAAGCAAGUUGUUGAUAUAAGAGAGGAGAUGCCAGAUCAGACAGCUAAACGGAUGUUGAGCCUUCUUGGUAUCCUUAAAUAUAAACCUCCAGGAAAUGCCACUGACAUGAGCACCUUUCGCCAGGGUUUGGUUAUUGGAAGUAAACCUGUAAUUCAUCCAGUUCUACACUGGCUUCUUCAGCGGACUAAUGAGCUAAAGAAAAGAGCAUACUUAGCUCGUUUUUUAAUAAAACUUGAGGUCCCAGCUGAAUUUCUUCAGGAUGAAACUGUGGCUGAUACCAAUAAACAGUAUGAAGAACUGAUGGAAGGUUUCAAAACCUUACAUAAAGAAUGUGAACAACUCAAAACAUCUGGAUUUUCUACUGCAGAAAUACGAAGGGACAUCAGUGCAAUGGAAGAAGAGAAAGAUCAACUCAUUAAAAGAGUAGAACGUUUGAAAAAAAGGGUAGAGACAGUGCAGAAUCACCAACGGAUGCUUAAAAUAGCACGACAACUUCGAGUUGAAAAGGAAAGAGAAGAAUUUUUAGCACAACAGAAACAGGAACAAAAGAACCAGUUAUUUCAUGCAGUGCAGAGAUUGCAAAGAGUGCAGAACCAGCUGAAAAGUAUGCGGCAUGCAGCAGCAGAUGCAAAACCAGAAAGUUUAAUGAAGAGACUUGAAGAGGAAAUAAAGUUUAAUUCAUAUAUGGUGUCUGAAAAGUUUCCUAAAGAAUUGGAUAAUAAGAAAAAAGAAAUGCAUUUCUUACAAAAAGUAGUUUCAGAGCCAGCUAUGGGACAUUCUGAUCUCCUUGAACUUGAAGCCAAGAUAAAUGAAGUGAACACUCAGAUCAAUCAACUCAUUGAAAAGAAAAUGAUGAGAAAUGAGCCAAUUGAAGGCAAACUUUCAUUGUACCGGCAGCAGGCAUCAAUAAUUUCUCGCAAAAAAGAAGCCAAAGCUGAGGAACUCCAGGAAGCCAAGGAGAAACUGUCCAACUUGGAGCGGGAAGUGUCCAUGAAAGCAACUCAGACCCGAGAGUUUGAUGGGACUGAGGUUCUAAAAGGAGAUGAGUUUAAACGUUACGUUAGUAAACUUCGGAGUAAGAGUACAGUUUUCAAAAAGAAGCAUCAAAUAAUAGCAGAAUUUAAAGCGGAAUUUGGCCUUCUUCAGAGGACAGAGGAACUGUUAAAGCAGCGUCACGAGAACAUUCAGCAUCAGCUGCAAACUGUUGAGGACAAAAAGGGUAUCUCUGGCUACAGUUACACUCAGGAGGAGCUAGAGAGGGUAUCAGCAUUAAAGAGUGAAGUGGAUGAAGUGAAAGGCCGGACGCUGGAUGGCAUGUCGGAAAUGGUAAAAAAACUGAAUUCAUUGGUGGCUGAAAAGAAGUCAGCAUUAGCCCCAAUUAUCAAAGAGCUAAGACUAUUGCGACAGAAGUGCCAGGAACUGACACAGGAAUGUGAGGAAAAGAAAACACAAUAUGACAGCUGUGCAGCAGGCCUAGAAAGUAAUCGAUCCAAACUUGAGCAGGAAGUUCGAGGGCUUCGGGAAGAAUGUCUUCAAGAAGAAAGUCGAUACCAUUAUACAAACUGCAUGAUUAAGAAUCUAGAAGUACAGCUGCGGCGUGCUACUGACGAGAUGAAGGCCUAUGUCUCCUCUGAUCAGCAGGAAAAACGAAAGGCAAUUAGGGAACAGUAUACCAAGAAUAUUGCUGAACAAGAAAACCUUGGGAAGAAACUUCGGGAAAAACAAAAAACUGUACGAGAAAGUCAUGGUCCCAAUAUGAAGCAAGCUAAAAUGUGGCGUGACUUUGAACAAUUGAUGGAGUGUAAGAAACAAUGCUUUCUGAAACAGCAAAGCCAAACCUCCAUUGGUCAGAGGAAUCUUUUAAGAACUUUUCUCUCUUGUUUUGAAGAAACAUUUAUCUGAGAUUCAUCAGUUCCUUCAGUUUACUUCAGAGUUUCUCUUUCUUCUGUUAAAUAUAAAUUAAAAAAUUGCUUUUAAUGUGUUAAUAGCUUUGUUCUGUUCAUGUAACUUAAAGACCAAUAAAACUUGUUGCACGUAC